AUGAAAACAGAUGGCCUUAUAUGUAUCAGGCUUUUUCUUUUCGCACUGCCUUUGCCAUUGUUUGCUAUUCCUUUUACACAAAAGUACCGUUUUGAAGUGUAUCCUGUCAACAAAUGUCCAAUGAACAGAAACGAAUUUAGCCGGGCAUCAGCGAAAAGAAAAUGUUUAAACGAAACCAGAUUCUUAUGUGCUCCUAAUAAUAACCUUUCAUCAUUGAUUGAAUUCUGCACUGACGCCAAAAAGUCCCGAUUUCAAGAAGGUAACUGUGUAAGACUUGAGGGAACAGGAGAUCUGAAUCAUUACAACUGUGAGGAACGUUUUUUAUAUGGUUGUCCUAAUGUGUCAUAUAUCGAUGAAGAAAUUUACAAUUACCCUGCAUGUUUAAUGAUUAACCAGAAGGAUCACUGCUUUUCUGCCGAGAAUCAAUGCCCAAAUUCUACUGCCAAUCCGGGGUCGGUUAAUGACAAAAACUUAGAUAUUCACAAGGAUGAAACAUAUGGUGUUGCGUAUUUCAUAGGAGUUGUGAUCGCCUUAGUGCCUGUUGCAGCUCUAAUUUUAAUAAUUGCCUUUGAUAUAAGAAGAAAUAGAGUUUUAGAACGUAGAAAAAGAAAAUAUGAACAUCUGGAGGAGCAAUGGGAACGUGCAUGGAAAAAUAAAACUAAAAUUAAAGUAUACCAUUCAAUAGGAAUAUUAGUCGGAUGUGCAGGAGCCGGAAAAACAACACUGCUUAUGAGACUGCGUAAACGUACAUUCAAAGAAAUUUUAAACCUGGAAAUCAAAUCAACAGAGUUAAUGGACGUACAUGUGGAUGAAUUUUUCAUUGAUUCCACAUCAAACCAUUUAAAGGUCCAACCACAGCAGAACAGUAGCAAAUAUUCAUAUUUUGCGUGUUCAAAGAAUUUAGUAUGUGAUGAAGAGGCAACACAAACUGGUUACAAAGAAGCUAGACCUGCGGAUACUAGAGAAGAUGUUAAUUACGAAUCCCAGCCUACUACACAGCCCCAGGAAGAAACGACAAUUAACCUCACGCCGACCAAAGACACUUCAAACGAUGAUAUGGAAGAAAGUAGAUUUUCAGACUUUGUAGAAGACAAAGAAAAUGUUCCUUUAAUUAAAACACAAAACAAAGUGCACAGAAUUUUUCAGAUUAAAACAAAAGAUAAGAGCCUUAUCACAAACGUUAAAUUGGAAAACAUAAUUGAAGUUGUGAGAUCGGUAGAAAAGAACGACUCUGGUAAUAAAUUUGUAAGCUUCUUCGACUUUGGCGGACAGUUUAUUUUUUAUGCAAGUCAUCAAAUUUACAUGAGACCAGAAGCCUUUUAUAUCUUAGUAGUCGAUAUAUCCAAACCAUUUGACGAGAGAGUUCACAAGACUGAAUCAACUGAAGAAGAAAUAGAGUUUGCUUAUAUGACAUACUUUGAAUACUAUACUUUCUGGCUGAAUUCAAUUAAUGCUGUUUCGAAGGAAGCACCUGUUAUUUUGGUUGCCACACAUGCUGAUGGGAGAUCAGAACAUGAUAUCGAAACAUACUUUGAUGAGUUCUGGAAAAGAUUAGGUACAAGGAAGGAACUCCGUGCUCAUUUAUCCCACGAUAGGAAGUUUGCAGUUAAAUUCCCAAAAUCGAAGAAUGAACCCCUUGAAAAAUUGGAUGAUAUUGAAUCGUGUAUUGUUAAACUGGUGGAAAAUCAGCAACAUUGGGGAGAUGCAGUACCAUCUUCAUGGAUUUUUUUGGAAUAUAUCAUAAAGUACUUGCAACAAAGCUUUAAAGUAAUUGAAAAAGAGAAGCUGUGGCUACCAAACAACCAAGUACCGACAGAAUUUCAGAUGCACAAAGAUGAAAUGAAUGACUUCUUGUUGUUUCUUCAUACUGUUUGUUCAGUGUUGUAUUUUCCAGAGAAAAAUUUGGAAGAUGUUGUCAUCCUUGAUGUACAGUGGUUUGUUGAUGCUUUUAGGUAUAUUUUCACGGAUAAGACUUUAGCAAAAAAUGAUGACUUUUUUGGUGAAUUUACAACAUUUCGUAAAACCGGCGAAUUAAGUGACGAGCUUCUCAAGAAAAUGUGGGGGAAAGAAAGUGAAAACGAAUCAUUUCUGAGUUACAAAGACUAUUUACUUCGGUAUAUGCAGAGAUUGGGACUGUUAGCUAUUAGGAGUGAUAAGGAUGGGAAAUUGCGGUACUUUGUUCCGUGCAUCAACAAACGGAUUUUAAACUUAGAAAUAUUGGGAGAGCUUAAACAAUCGUCAAUUUUUUGUUUCUCAUUUAGUGAGAUAUCUACAUUUGAUUUUCAUCGCCUCAUCAUCAGAUGUCUUGAGUAUUGGAAUAGUUUUGUUCAUGGUCAAGAAGAGUGUAUUUAUCACAAUGCCGCUUUUUUCCAACACAAACACCACAUUAUAGCCAUUUGUAUUUGUGGAAAUCAUAUUCAAUUGCAAUUGUUUGUUUCCCAAAAAAGUUCGGUAGAGGAAAAAAUUCAGUCAGAUGUCAGAAGUACGGUUCAUUCAAUUUUAGAGAACAAUUUUAAGAAGGAACAUAUUUCCGUGGGAUAUAAGUGUAUUAAAAGCAAAUUUUGUGAUAAAAAUGACAUGUCAUUUUUUGAAGAGGACGCUUUGGAAGACAAAUUUUGCCAAACUUGCAUACCUUCUCAUGAAAUUUAUGCUGAAGAACUGAGAUGGCCUCCAAAGUUUAGAAAAUUUGAUAGGACAGUUUCAGAAAUACACAAAUUCAGGGGGGAGAAUGCAAGAUUGUUAAAUGGUAUUCAUGGGGCAUGUCGCGAAGGACUUGUCAGAAACUUCACAUUCUUCCUGGAUAAAGAAUUAAAAGAUAAGGUUGACCUUUUGAGUAAACAUGAUCCAGAGGGUUUUAACGCUUUACAUGCUGCAGCCUUUGGAGGGAAUACUAGUAUUUUCCAAAGACUGAUCGAAAAAGGGAUGGAUAUUAAACAGCAGACAACUCAAGGUCAAUUUUCCGUUCUCCACAUUGCUAUUCAACAAGGAAACACUGAAUUGUGUGAGAAGAUUUUAAAACGGGAUGAAGAAAAUAGAGAAUUGGUAAAUCUUCAAAAUUUUGAAGGGGAAAAUGCUAUUCAUUUUGCUGCAAGGUAUGGCAAUUUGAAGCUUCUUUCAUAUUUUCAUGAACAUAAAUAUGACAUGGAAGAAACAAAUAAAAACAAAGAAAAUAUUCUCCAUAUUGUAUGUAAAAAUAAGCAACUUGAUGCAUGCAAACUUAUCCUCGGUAAACUGCCUGAUUUGAUGGAAACAUUAAGUGAAUAUGAUUGGAGACCGAUUCAUUACUGUGCUGAGAGUGGACAUUGUGAGAUUUUUAAGCAACUCUCAAGUCGUGGUGCAAAUCUUGAGGCUGUUUCAACUAAGAAACGAACAAUUCUUCAUAUUGCUUGCAAUGCUGGAAAUCUAAACAUGUGCCAAUCGAUUCUUGAGGAAGUGCCAAAGUUGAUUUCGUACAUUGAUAAAAAAGGUCGUCAUGCAGGGCAUUUUACUGCAAGAAGUGGUAACGUUGAUUUGUUAAAGCUUUUAAGAAAGAAGAGGCUUGAUAUUGAAGCUGAAGCAAGCGAUGGCUUAACAAUAUUACAUUUAGCAUGCCUAGAAAAACAUGUGCAAAUGUGCGAAUACAUACUCGCUGAAUUUGAAGAUAUGGUUGGUAAAUUAACGGAUACUGGAUUAAAUGCUGCACAUUUUACAUGCAUAGUUUGCAGAGAAGAACAACUGGAUCAGAGUAUGCAAUUACGGGCAAAAAAGAUAGUAUCCAUGUUGGAAAAACACGAUGCAGAUUUGUUGAAGCAGGUGACAAAAAACAGAAAUUCGGUUUUGACAUUGGCCCAUUCGAAUAAGCUAGAUAUGCUUUAUAAUUAUUUAAUGAAGGAAUUCGAUGAUCUUCCAAAGCUGCCUGACACUAUAACUUUAGAGGAAGCAGCUGAAGUGAGGAAGUAAUGAGGAUAUUUAGAGUUAUAACGGUUUUACACAGUCAUAACAAUUAUGUAAUUUGGAGAAUUUGUUUUACAGGUUACUUCCGCUUUUCAUUUCCUAAUUCUCCUUAAAGCUCGCACCACACUAAACUUGUAUACUGAACUACCUAUCCCAUCCUUAAAAAUAGAUAAACCGCUUGUGAUCGAAGUUUUAAUGUGAAACUUUUAACAAAUAAUUCUCCAAUUUGAUCUUAGUUUGAAUAUAAACAGUCCCUAAUUCGCCAUCUGGUCUGUGCCCCGCGCACAGAAAGUUCAUAUCAAUCUCAGAUAGGAAUAUAAGUCUUUUCCAGGCAGUAAAAGCCAGUCCGAAGUCAAAUAAAGCCCGUUCUUAACUAAAUCUAACUCAUAUUCAAUACGUCCAAUCCAGUUAUUAUUAGUUCGCAACUCGUUCUAACUACUUUUUUAACCCGACUACUCCGAUCAGAGACUGUUCACCUCUUCCUUAUCCCGUUCUUAGUGCGAUUGAACGCACUUGUGCAGUGAGUGUGCAAUCCCAGCUCCUCUAUUGCCAUUCCUAUUUCUUGCUCAAAGUUUGAAACUGCAAACUACGUUUAUUAUGCUUCUACAGAGAUGAAAAUGCGGAAAGAGCAACACAAGGAUCGCCAUGCUGCGGCUCCACUGGAAGCCAACCAGAUCAUGCAGGCCGGGCUCUAAAUGGCGACUUAUUUAGUCGCCAUGGCGCCUAAAAUUUUUGAUUGGCGACUAAAAUUUCUCUAUAAGUUGCCAAAUUGGCGACCAUUUCAAAUUGACUUGUCGAUUGUCGAAUUCAGGAACUAUAACAUUUUCAACAUUUUUUUUUAAGAGGAGAAAAGAAAAUGUCUUCUU